AUGGCUAUGCCAAACGACAAAGCUAUAGUCGCUGUUGGAGGAACCGAAUCGCCCACACCUUCAACCUUGGACACCUCCGAUGUGAACCAUGCUAGCGACGGCCGCAGCGCACACCGGGAAAAGUCCGUUCAGAGCAUAUUUGACGACCACUAUCCGCAUGGACUGAAACUGGUACUCGUCGGAGGGGCGUCUGUUAUUGCUGUCUUUCUUAUUGCACUGGACCAGACUAUCGUCGGCACAGCAAUUCCAAAGAUAACGGACGAGUUCCACGGCCUCAGGGACGUAUCAUGGUAUGCCGCCGCCUACUUCAUGACUUUCGGCGCUGCUCAGACCUCGGCGGGCAAGAUAUACAAGUACUUCAACCUGAAGUGGAGCUUCCUGGUCUCCAUGCUCAUCUUCGAGGUUGGUAGUUUGAUAUGUGGAGUUGCGCCUAGCUCCAAGGCAUUGGUCGUCGGACGGGCCAUUGCUGGAUUGGGCGGUGCCGGCCUGUCGGUAGGUGGCACCAGUAUCGUUUCCUUCACUGUGCCGCCGGCAAAGCGACCGAUGAUGAUGGGCAUCAUCGGAAUGACAUAUGCGAUUGCUGCUGUCCUGGGACCGCUUAUUGGUGGCAUAUUUUCCGACCACGUCACUUGGCGAUGGUGCUUUUACAUCAACCUACCGAUUGGGGGACUUGCCGCUGUCGCUGUCUUCUUCUUUUUCCACCUUCCAACUGCUGCAGCGCCUCCUCAGGUCUCUUGGACGAAGCGCCUGUUGCAUAUGGACCCGGUUGGGGUCGCUUUAGCCAUGGGAGGCAUCACCUGCUUCAUCCUCGCCCUUCAGUACGGAGGAAACACCCAUCCCUGGGAUAGCAGCAUCGUCAUCGGUCUCUUCGUUGGCUUUGGACUCCUUGCGAUUGUUCUGGUGGGGUGGGAGAUUUGGUUGGGUGACUAUGCCAUGAUGCUGCCGAGACUCUACAAACAGCGCUCACUCUCGACCACGGCCCCUUACCAGUUCUUCUUCAUGGGAAGCUACAUUAUUCUCCUGUACUACCUCCCCAUCUACUUCCAGAGUAUUCUCGGUGCGAGCCCUAUCAAAUCCGGCGUCAACAACCUGCCUCUCGUGCUCGCGGCGGCGGUUUUCGCCCUUGCCGGCGGAGCUGUCGUUAUGAAGACGGGUCGUGCACAGCAGGUCAUAUUUGUUGGCUCAAUGCUCUCCACCGUUGCCAUAGGGCUGAUUUACACGCUCGACAUUGGCACCUCGACUGGGAAGUGGGUUGGCUAUCAGCUCUUCGUCGGAGCUGCCAUGGCCUUUGCCAUCAUGCAUGGUUUGACUAUUGCUCAAGCCAACGUGGGUCCCGAAGACCUUGCAGCCGUCACGGCCAACCUUUUGUUCUUCCAGACGGUUGGGGGUGCGUUCAGCACUUCGGCAGGCCAGUCAGCCUUCGUCAACAGACUCCUUGCCACUCUGCCCAAAACAGCCCCAGGAGUGAACCCACGCCUGGUGCUUUUGACAGGCGCCUCAGAGCUGCAUAACCUCUUCUCACCGGACGUGCUUCCCGGAGUCCUAAAGGCGUACAUGGUCGGUCUCAAGGCAGCUUUCGCCGUCGCAGUUGCCUUCUCCGGCGUCGCAUUUUUGUGUUCCUUGGCCAUUCCCAUGGAGAAGCUUCCGAGCCAUGCGCCAGAUAAAGCCCCUAUGGCGACGGGUUAG